UUUUUUUUUUCUUUUCUGUAAAUAUAUAUAGAUAUAGAUAUACAUAUAUAUAUACACAGCAAUAUAUACGUAUAUGUAUAUAUAUAUCAAUAUACAUAUAUUCUAUUAACAGCAACAAAGUACAUAUUGUAUCAGAACAAACAUAUACCUUGAUUAUUAUUAUUAUUAUUAUUAUUAUUAUUAUUAUUAUUAUUAUUAUUAUUACUAUUAUUACUAUUACUAUUUAAUAUAUACCUCGAAACUAUGCUAGCAGACGCAUAUGAUUUUUUAUUAAAACUAUUACUUGUCGGUGACUCUGGUACUGGAAAGUCCUGUUUGUUGCACCAUUUCCUUGAGAAUCAAUUCAAGAAAGAUUCAGUCAAUACAAUAGGCAUGGAAUUCGGUACACGCAUCGUACAUAUUGCUGAUAAAAGUAUAAAACUACAGAUAUGGGAUACAGCAGGACAGGAACGAUUUCGAUCAUUAACCAAAAGUUAUUUUCGUGGUGCAGCAGGUGCACUUGUCGUCUACGAUAUUUGCAAGUAAUGUAAUCUUUUGCCUUUUUUACUAUUGCUGACUUAUUGUUUCUUAGUCGAGAUACAUUCUUGGGUGUAAGGUCAUGGUUAAAGGAUGUGAGGACACUAGCCAAUCCAGAACUGGUGAUUAUUUUAGUGGGUAACAAAAAUGACAAAAGUGAUGAAAGAGAGGUUUCUUAUUUAGAAGCAAGUCGGUUUGCUCAAGAACAUG